GGAGGAUACAGAGAGAACUAUAACUGUGUCCGACCGAGUUACUGGGACUUCUUGAGCUGCUUUUACUCUCAUGAGAGUCAAUUAAGAACAAACGAGAAGCAGCUGCUCCACAUGUCACAGAGUCCCAGUAUCCAAAGAUGAAGGCCCACACCACAAACUUCAUUUUGGUGACAUUAACUUCAUUAUCACUGCUUCUUCUUAAACGUGAAGCCCAUGCUGCCCAUUCUACCACUAAUGAUGCAUCGAUUUGCCACGAUGGGUUCAUGUCUGUUUACAUAUCAAAGGUGCAGUUUGCUGCUCUUCCUCUUGCCAUUUAUGUUCGAGAUGAACACGGUGGAUAUUACCAAGCCAUGGCUGUGGCAAAAGAGUGCCACUACUUCCUUGGAGAGACUGACACCUUAAUUAUCUUCACAGUUGCUUCCCAUGGAUGUUUUGUGAGAAGACAAAAAUAUCUGACAGAUCUGACUGUUGUCAUCGUGGCACUCGCAGACGGGGGAAGAGUUGAAAUUGUCAAGUCAAUACCGCUCAUCUGUGAAAGGGAAAUUAAAGAGGUGAACAAACCUGAUAAUCCAGUGGUAUCGUUCUGCAACAAGGAUGGGUUCAACAUCACCAUCCUCCAGAACGCCACGGUCCCCCCUCUGAACCUGGAUGCAGUCUGGAUCCCCUCCAGCCAAAACCAAAACUGUAAACCCAAAACCAGAUCCAAGGACGCCGUCACUUUCAGCUUUCCAUUCACUGACUGUGGCACUCGGUCUGUGGUAAAUUUAGCAGACGGGAUUAUAACCUACUGGGUCAACGUUGAGGUGAAACAACAUCCGCAGAAAGGCGCUAUAUUUCGUGACUCUCCUUUCCGACGUACUGUACAUUGUAGCUUUGCCCUGGCUCAGAUUACUCAGCUGGGCAUCACGGUUCAAGGAGAAAAACACCUAUCAACACUGAAGAGUGAAGGGAUACUGAGGACUGAAAUGAGGUUUGCCAAAGAUUCCAGUUACAAGUCUUUCUAUUCCUCUCGAGACCCUCCGGCAGUGACUGAGCUCGGCCAGCCGGUGCAUGUGGAGGUGUUUGUUCUCAAACAUAAAGACCAGGAUCUGGUGCUGCUCCUGGAGGACUGCUGGGCCACACCGACCAAAAACCCUCAUGACCCACACAGAUGGGACCUGCUGGUUAAAGGAUGUCCUUUCAGUGGUGAUAGCCACAGAACUGUUGUGUUGCCAGUCGUCCCCAAGGAGCUGAAAUAUCCCUCUCUUCAUAAGUGGUUUGUGGUCAAGAUGUUCUCAUUUGUGAAGCCCACAACAUUUGAAAACCUGGUGUAUUUCCACUGUGAUAUAGAGAUCUGUAAAGGACCCGGUUGCUUACAGUCCUGCAGCAGUAGUGGAAGGCGCACAUUAAGACGAAUCACACCUGAGCCAGGACAGAGGAUUCUUCACAGUGUCGUCUCUGGUGGACCUCUUCUUUAUCUACUGUAAAUAACCAGAAAAAAAACUGCUAUUUCAAGUCAUAUUAGGGAACAUUUCAGUCAAGAACUGUCCAUGAUUUGUAAUGAAAAUAAAUCUAUACCUUACUUUAAUGGCCUUAUAAGCCUGAAGGGCUCAAAUGAUGGAUAAGACCUCGAGAACUUGGCUUUAUGGGUGUUAAAUUUCCCCAAUAAAAUUAAUAAAUUGACAGUCUGCUGAA